AUGCAGCGAUGCUUGAAGCCUCUUUAUCUCUCAUUCCUCUAUCUUAUAAUUUUCGCCGCCGUUGAUGCGCAGAAGUCUAAGCCUGUAACCGAAAGUGCUGUUGAUAGACAGCCAAAUGUCAUGUCAAAGUUUUGGCCUCCUUGGCCGUUUGAUAUGCUGAAAAAUCGAGGAAGGUCGCAAACCAAAGGAUUAUCUGCACCCAAUGGUAAUGCAAACACACCACCAAUGGCCUGGAAAAUUGUGAAGAAAAGGACAACCGUCGCUGUACGACAAUGUAGAGAAAUAGGCGCAAGUUUGUAUUGCCACCUUCCUCCUGCACUGCCCCCUGUCAUCUUGCUGGCUAGCAUUCCAAAACAAGCAGUGAAAAACGGCGUUAUGGAUGCUGAAGCAUCUCGCAGAUUUGUGCCACUCAUGUCUGUUCCGUUUCUUCGAAAUUUGGCCAUUGGUGGAUUGUUCGUCACCCUCAUCAGCUGGGGUGAUGCAGAGCUGUAUCAGAAGCGAAAGCUGACACCGAUCUUACAACAUCGUUCUGUUUCAAAAGCUAGUGUCACGCUUCCUCCAUUCCUCCCUGAGGAGAUUGUUUCUCUGCAAGAUGAAGCAAUUACAUAUGGCAUAUUUACUGGCGAUGAAUUAGGAUCCAGGCAACUGCAAGAGCAACGACUUGAGGCGGCAAAUGGGGUAAUUAAGCUUACUGAAAGAUUCAAGUGUACCUAUUCAAAAUGGAAACAAACUCGAGAACAUCGAAAAAGUAAUACUUUCAAUGCUCAAAGAAAAGUCAUAUACAACGAACUGGUGGCGCUGCAAUCGGCGGAAAAGCAAAACGGGAAAAUUAGAUCGAAGAGUAUUGAUGCAUCGUCACAGCAAACUGGUUUUGCUCUUGUAACUGGUGCCUCUACUGGAAUUGGCCGCGCAUUGGCUACAGAACUUGCAAGAUGGGGGAUACCACUCAUAUUGGUCGCCCGAAACCAGAAGAAGUUGAUGUCUCUUUCUCAUGACUUGGAGGCAUGCUAUGGCGUUCGGUGCUAUGUUCUCCCAGCCGACUUAUCUGUUGCUGAUGCAGCUGAGGCCAUACAUCGCACUACAACGAAAAAUGACUUGCUCGUUGAUAUUCUGGUCAACAAUGCAGGGGUUGCGACAUCUGGUCUCGCCGUCGACACCAGCAUGUCUGAGAUAGAAAGGCUGCUGUUUGUAAAUACACUGAGUCAAACGAAGUUGUCAAUAUUGUUCGGCCGUGAUAUGGCCAAGCGCCAAAGGGGACGAAUCUUGAUGGUAUCCUCGAUGGCAGGUCUUGUAUCCUCUGUCCCCAAUGCUGCAGUCUAUGGAGCAACCAAAGCCUUCUUGAAGUCCCUAUCUUUAUCAAUGUCCAAAGAGCUCGAGAAAUUUGGAAUCGGUGUGACAGCGCUCAUGCCUGGAGCUGUUGAAACAAAUUUCAGGCACGCUGCAGGAAUGGGGAAUGCCUUAUGCUGGUAUCUACCCUUUUACUCGCGACCAGUGCAGUCUGUCGCCCAUUUGGGUGUCACAUCUUUGAUUGACGGAGACACUGAAGUUGUCCCAGGCUUACUCAAUCGCCUUUUUGCAAAGGUUGUUAGGCCUCUGCUACCUCGAAGGUUGGAGGCAAUUUGCAUUGAGGCUGCAUUUAAGCCUCUGACUUUCCCACCUUCGCUAUUUGGGGGGAAAGUGAGCUCGCUGAACGACAGGGCUGAUGAAAAAAUCGGUGACACGAAACCCACUCAUGAAACUACAUGGGGGCGUUUUUUGCCUACUCCAGGCUCCCUACCGAAAGUAUUGCAGCUUGAGGGUUUGAACGACUCGCAACGAAAUGAAAAUAAAGCCAAUGAUCAAUCAGAGGUCUUUUCUGGAAGCGAUGCUGUUCUGAACGGUAUCGAUAAAGUUAGAGAGGAAGCCGAUGAUGUUAGUCCUGGCGAGCAAAUUGGAAAAGAUGAGGAAUUGGAGGACAAAGGCACGGGAGAAGAAACCGAAAGACAAUCAGAUGACGACCUUCCAAAAAGUGCCAAAAGAUCAUGUGCGAAACCAACUUUGCUUCCUCCAAGAGAGUCUCUCCUACAAUCCGAGAAUGUGUUGUUACCCUGA